CUUACCCCACAAAAUGAGUAAAGCCGAUCCUGGUAGACAGAAUGCUUAUAAAAGCAAUUCCAUCAACACAAAUGAAUCUCGUCUGCGACGCCAUGAGGUUACCGUUGAGUUACGUAAAUCCAAGAAGGAGGAUCAAAUGUUCAAACGUCGUAACAUCAAUGAAGAUGAUAUUACCUCCCCCCUCAAGGAAUCCAAUGGUCAAUCUCCCGUACAAAUGACUGUCGAUGAAAUUGUUGCUGCCAUGCAAAGUGCCGAUCCAGAGAGACAAUUCACCGGCAUGCAGGCAGCCCGUAAAAUGUUGUCCAGAGAACGAAAUCCUCCCAUUGAUUUAAUGAUUGGCCAUGGCAUUGUACCCAUAUGUAUACGUUUCCUACAGAAUUUUGAACAUCCCCUUUUACAAUUUGAAGCUGCCUGGGCCCUCACCAAUAUUGCCUCCGGUACAUCUGAUCAAACACGUUGUGUCAUUGAGAACAAUGCCGUGCCACACUUCAUUGCUUUGCUGCAAUCGGAAAAUAUCAAUUUGGCUGAACAGGCAGUUUGGGCCCUGGGCAAUAUUGCUGGCGAUGGUGCUGCUGCCCGUGACAUUGUCAUACAGAAUAAAUGCAUUGACGGCAUCCUAAAUAUGAUUGACCUACGCAAAGACAUUCCGAUAUCAUUUUUACGCAACAAUGUCUGGUUAAUGUCGAAUCUUUGUCGCAACAAAAAUCCCUCACCGCCAUUUGAGGAAAUUAAACGUUUGCUGCCUGUGCUUUCGCAACUAUUAUGUGGUACAGAUAUUCAGGUUUUGGCAGAUGCCUGCUGGGCUCUCUCCUACGUAACGGACGAUGAAAAUAACAAAAUUCAAGCUGUUGUUGACACGGGCGCUGUACCACGUCUGGUUGCGCUAUUGGGCACAGAUGAACCUGCCAUUAUUGUGCCAGCAUUGCGUAGUGUUGGUAACAUUGUAACUGGUACAGAUCAACAGACUGAUGCCGUAAUUGCUGCGGGCGGUUUACCUAAGUUGGGACUUUUAUUGCAGCAUUCCAAGAAUAACAUAGUAAAGGAAGCCGCCUGGACUAUCAGUAAUAUAACAGCCGGAAAUCAAAAGCAAAUUCAAGCUGUUAUUGAUGCGGACAUUUUUGCUCAAAUACGCAAAGUGUUGGAGAAGGGUGAUUUCAAAUCGCAAAAAGAAGCUGCCUGGGCUGUUACCAAUACAACUACAAGUGGCACACCUGAACAGAUAAUCGAUUUAAUUGAGAAAUAUCAUAUACUGAAACCAUUCUGCGAUUUGCUGGAUGCCAAGGAUCCCCGCACUAUUAAGGUGGUGCUUACAGGCGUAUCGAAUCUCUUUGCCCUGGCCGAGAAAUUGGGAGGCACCGAAAAUCUCUGCCUAAUGGUCGAGGAAAUGGGAGGUCUCGAUAAAUUGGAAAAUUUACAGCAACACGAAAACGAAGAGGUCUAUAAGAAGGCCUAUGCCAUUAUUGAUGCCUACUUUAGCAAUGGCGAUGGAGCUGAAGCAGAAUUGGCCCCACAAGAGGUGAAUGGAGCGCUUGAAUUUAAUGCAACCCAAACGAAGACCCCCGAGGGUGGUUUUACUUUCUAAAACAAAUGUUACAUUUAUUGUCGAAGCCUUAUUAUUUUCACUUUUCACCGUUCACCCACCUUUCAUUCCCCGCUACAGUUUGCAGUCUGUGCAAGCAAUGGAGAGCUAAUAAAGCAAUUACGCCAAACAGAAGUAGAGCUUCUUUGUCGCAUCUGUUGUCUGGGUGCAUGUCAACGUCAAUUGCUUUAUUAGUUCGCCAGUGUCACAACACUUGACUGUAACUAAAAUCAAGCCAUAACAUUUAAUUAUUUAUAAGAGCCUUGAUGUUUCUCCUUUUAUAAAAUCAUUUAUUUUUUAUUAUUAUUGUUGUGUUAGAAGUGUACUUUAGGCACCCGUGAAUAUUUCAUUCCAUUAUUGCUACUAAAUAUCCAUAUACAUCUACACCCUGUGUCAUAUAUAGAAAUUGUGUAUUAUUGAUUUCUUUUUUUACCUGCAUGCCAUUCGAAUCCUUUUAGAGUUAUUUUUUAUGUUUUUUUUUUCAGUACCAUACAUAUUCCGAAAAUUAUUUAAUAAUUAAAGCAUUUCGAAAUUAUAUAUGUGUAUAAGAUAAAA